CCUCCUUUUUGUCCAUUAAUCUGAAUAAUUUCCAAAAUGUAGAUUGUGUUGCACUCUAUUUUUUGUUGAUUUGGAGAGUCUGAUCUAGUCAGGUCUUGUUCAGUUUGGUUCAAUGGACACUCAGAAGUAGGACUACGUCACUAAGGGAACGAGACAAAUUGAGGACAAACAUAUUAAAAAAGAAUGCAUUAAUGAGAACACAUAAGUUUUGUACAGGGUGAUUUUAGCAUCCUAGGAUGUCCACCACAUUUGGAGGACAAAUGGGCUCGCUGCACAUCAGAUGACAAAAGUGAGCUUCCUGUGGAAGUCCUGCCCCAAACCAGGGUGAAAGUAUUGCCAGACGCUUCCCCAGCAACACGGGAGGCUUUCCAUGUUAUGCCUCCUCACAAUGGUGACACAUUCACCAUGUGAUGGGGAAAGCAUUACCAAGAGGGAGCUGCACGCAGGGCGACAGAUUUGCCCUGCUGCUCCCUUUUUCUUCCUCAGAAGCCCAGCAAAGUGGAACACUUCACCAGGAAUUUAUGAUAAGGUCGUAAAUGCACUCAUGCUCCUUUCACUGUCCAUUGACAAGGCCUCAAGUACGGAUGAAUCCUUUUUUCUGAAUUCAGCUCCAGUUAGGCCUUCAAGUUCUUGGGCAAGGCAUCAACAUUUUUCCUUCUCAAGAUGUGGGCAGAUUUAUUCUGAAGAAUUGAUGCAGUUUGGCAUCACUUAACAGCUGUAGCUCAGUGUUAUGAAAUCACAAAGAUGUAGUUGUGCAAGAUACUUAUUCCUCUCUGCCAAAUAAUAUUGGUUUCUUCCUGGUUUCUACAACUCCCAGGAUUCGUAGCAUUAAGCCAUGGAGGUUAAACUGCAUUAAUUCUACUUUGUAGGUACGUCCAAGGGCAAAGGCUCAGGUUUAUUAUCUUAACAGGAGAGGCCUCUGGGAAGUUACGAGAUAUUGUUCACAUGACUGGUAAUCCCCUUUGACAUUUCUGUUGUCAACAGAAAGGGCGGUUUAUUCACAUGAUGUGGGCAUGCAAACAGGUGCAAUACUUCUGGCAGACUAUAUAAAAUGUGUCAAAUCAAAUAUUAGGAAUCAGUUGGGUUAUAACAAAAGAAAUGAAGGUCUUAGUACAGAGAGAAGGAAUGGGAAAUUACAGGGAAACACAGGAAGCAAUAAUUGAGCACACACAAGCAGUGAUAUAUUGGGAUGGAAAGACAAAUCAAAGUGGACAGUAAAUAAAUGAUAUCAGUAUGUGGUGGUUCAUAUGGAAUUUGAAAUUAUGGAUGUAAAAUUAAAUGAUUCAAAAGGUAAUGAUAAUAGAAUGUGAGAAGUUGUAGAAAGAACCGGGUCAAGAAUUAUAUUAUGAAUAAGUUUAGAGAUAAGGUCAUAAGAAAUAGGAUACCAAUGUUAUAUACUAUGUUUUCCUCAAAAUAAGACAUCCCCUGAAAAUAAGACCUAGUAGAGGUUUUGCUGUAUUGCCAAAUAUAAGACAUCCCCCAAAAGUAAGACCUAGGAGGAGGGAGCUGCCACCGCUGAGGAAGGCAUGUGUGGCGCGAAGGAUAAGGCCUUUCCCGCCUCUCUAUCCCUAGACAUGCGCGCAAAAAGAAAGAGCUAUUCCGUCGGGUACAAGAAAGGAUUCAUGAAAAAAUAAGACAUCCCCUGAAAAUAAGACUUAGCACAUCUUUGGGAGCAAAAAUUAAUAUAAGACACUGUCUUAUUUUCAGGGAAACACAGUAAUAUGUAAAUCUAUAUGGACUAUCUCAAAAAGUAUUAAUAUGUGAUAGAUAACAAUCCUCGUGGUGGUGGUGGGAAUUGUAAAUAUGUGUAUGUGUAUUCAAAAAAUAAAAAAUAAAAAAACAUGACUGGUAAUCUCCUUCCUCCUCCCUCUCAUUCCCAAGAGAGGGGAAAGAUUCCUCCUCCUGAAGAGAGUAUCUUAUCAGUGCCAAGUCUGCCUCUCUUAUUUUUUGGUUUAAGUCCUCUUUACUCUUCACUAUGGGCUUUAAUGCAAACUAGUGUAAGAAUAUCGAGUGCAGUAGGCUACAUUUCAGAGGAAAGCAGUGUUAAACCACAUAUGAGUUUUUAUGAACAGGUUUGAGUACACAUAAUCAACUCCCUACUAAGAAAUUUACCAGAUAGUCCGAUGAAAUUUUAUGUGAAGUUUUUACUUGUUGAUGACUUUCCCCAUGUGACCUUGGAGGUUGCCAAGUUUCUUUCUGAGGCAGCUAGGAUUAGAAAAUUCCCAAUUUUAGACACAGGGUGAAACACGCUGAUGUUUUUUGUAGUCUUUUACCUAUGUUUUAGCCAACAUGUUUUAAACAGUUUUUAACGGUUGUAAAUUUUAACCAUUUUGUGUUGUUAAUCUCAUUAUUCUGCAUACUGUGUACAUCUAUGGUGCAAUAAGGGUCCUUGGACCAUAACAAAAUAUUGUUGUUGAGUAGGCCUUGUUUAGGAAAGCCCUAUGGCAUUCUUAGGAUUGCCAUAAAUGCACAGGUAACACAUAGACACAUUAUAUGAACAAAGGGUUUAAAAGAUUAUUUAGUUACAAACUCUUUGACAAUCUUGUAUAAACUCAAAUGAGUUAUUUCUUCCAUGUGCAACCUGGAGUCUGGUGGGAUUAAUUUUUUUUCUUAUUUGCUUUUAUAUUUUGGUUUUCCUACAAUAAGCAGAUGUCAACCUGCCUCUCUUCUUCCUGACAUUCCCCUCAUAUGAUCCCUCAGAGGUCGGUCAGGCUGAGAGAAAAUGAAACUGACCUGAAAACCUUCUAACCCAGUAGUUCUCAACCAGUGGGUCCCCAGGUGUUUUGGCCUACCACUCCUAGAAAUCCCAGCCAGUUUACCAGCUGAUAGGAUUUUUGGGAGUUGAAGGCCAAAACCUCUGGUUGAGAACUAUUGUUCAAACCAUUAAGACCACUAGCUCCCAAACACUAACUGUGAUUAGGAUAUGGGGCUCUAGAUUGCAUUCAUAUAAUUUGGUUUCCUUGUUUAAUGUUACUUUUAAAGUUUGACUUUAUUACCAAAAUGUAAUGACCACAUUUCCAAAGGGGAAGUGACUUGUUAUUUUUAUCAGCACAGCAUGUACUUCCUUUCUGUCAGACUCUUGGAGAAAAGUUACUUUCCCCACUACAAGCUCCCAGAAAGUCAAAUACUGGCUAGGAUCAUCAUAGAAGUUAUAGGUUAAAACACUAUUCUUUUCACGCUCUAAUAGCAAAGAAAUAUCGUGACUGAACUUGAACCUCACUAAGCAACUGAAAAAAAAUUAAUGUGUCCUGAUCAAUAUGUUAGAGCACUUAAUUUUCUCCUGUUCAUAUCAGGAUGUUGUAAAAUUGAUACAAGUUGAUGUAAAAUUCUCCUUCCUACUAAAGUCCACCAAUAUGAAAUUAUCAAGGGUUCAUUUGCAAUAUAAAAUAGAAUUCAUUAAACUAAACAAACAGGUAGAAAGCUUGUCUUGCUGUCAGACUAGUGAUAGGCUUCCAUUUAUGUAUUUUUAGAUACGCACGACACCUGUGCUAUUUCCCCAAAAAUACUGCAGCUAUAAUGUUCACUAUGAAACUCAAACCACAGGCUGCUCAAAUCAGUUAAAUGGAAACCCACACACACACCUUUGGUUUGUAAUUAUAAUGUAUUUGUUUAAACUCUGGGGAUUUUUAGCUGCUAUAGAUGGAUCUCAACGUGGUUUUCAUGAAAGUCAAAACCCCCUGGGAAUGUCACAUGACAUUUAGGAAGCAUAUUUGAGUUUUUCUUCCUCCCAAGUUCUCUAAAAUGACACACUUCCUACCAACUAAGCUACAUAUCAAAAGCCAGAAGCAAACAUCAUUAGUGUGCAAGGUCCCAAAGAGACAAGAUGAUCUUCACAUCUUUUUUUGUCUGUAUCUUCUGGACUGAUGUGAUUGGUGCAGAACAAGUAAUUCACAAGUCUGUACAAACAGUUACAGUUGGAACCAAUGUGACUUUACGCUGCCAGUUGGCUGGAAAGCAUGACAUUGUUCAGGUCACCUGGCAGAAGGAGCAUGAAAAAACCAAAACCAACAUAGCUACAUACAGCGAAUCCCAUGGCUCUAGGGUACUGGGGAAAUAUCAAAGUAAUGUGCAACUUUUCCAAAGUGGCAUGACAAUUUCUGCCAUCACCUUCCACAUGGCUACUUUGACUGAUGAAGGCUGUUAUGACUGUAUCUUCAACACAUUCCCCUUGGGAGCUAUCUCAGCCAAGACAUGUCUUAGGGUUUAUGCUCUCACAGAACCUAGGGUGACAGUGAAGCACGUUAUUGAUCCAGACAGUGCUGGAGAAGGGGUGCUGGAAAUCAGUUGCUCAGCAACAGGGAAGCCAGAGCCAGUGAUCACCUGGAAGGCGAACAAACAUCUCCUUAUCAAGCCAAAGGAAUAUGUCAUCCAGCACUCCAACAAGACAAUGACUGUGGUCAGCAAUUUCACUCACAUAUCCUCUCAAGUUUUCCAUGAGAACCCGAUUACCUGUGUUAUUCAUCAUCCAUCUUUAAACACUACACAAGAAUUGACUGUACCUGUGACUGUGAUGGAAGAAACUCCAAACAAAAAUCCAGGAACUGACAUCACACUUACUAUCAGCAUUUUGGUUGCUCUGAUUCUUCUAUUUUUCCUAUUCUGCUGCUGCUGGAAAGUACUUCGGGCAGAAAAAAGACAAUGUUGGGUUUUUCCAGCAUAUCCUGGGACGGUAGUAGAUAGAAAAUAUAUUUAUACUCUGCAAGAAGUCCCAGUGAAAUCACAUCCUGAAGGAAAGCUUCCCGACAGAUGAAAAUUCUUUGGAGAAAAAACAUCUUUUAGAGCUUUUAACAAUAACUACUGUUAUAUUUAUACAGAAAAAAUGUAUUCAGCUGCUGCAUUUGAUACAAGGGUUACUGAAUCAAUAGCUUAGCAUACUAAUAUUGAAUAACUGUUAUUUAUUUAAAAAUGUUUGUGAACAUUAGGAUUUUUAAAAAAGAUUGUAUUUAUUCUUUAAAUAUUCUGUGUAUUGUAAAAUCAUGUAUUUUUGCUUGCCCGUGCCAUGGUUUGAUAGGUCAGACUUCCCUCCCCCCUUUGUUUUCCUUUAGUAUUUUAUUCCGAGUGAAUCUCUUAGUGCUCAGACACACACCAAAAGCAUGUCUAUGUAUAAGGGCCAUUUCUUUCCAUUGGAAGUCCCUUUCCAUAUUUCGAGUACAGGCAGUCCCCAAGGUACGAACAAGAUAGGUUCUGUAGGUUUGUUCUUAAGUUCAAUUCAUAAAGUUAAAGUUGGAACAGGUACAUUUUUAGUGUAACUUCAGCCAUAUAGAUAGAUAGAUAGGAAGUUUGGAUAGCAUAGGGAAGGGUUAAUGCCCUGCGCUUUGCUGUGUCCCUGUUCAGAAGACUUCACCUCAUUUUCUGUCCCUGUAGUAAUUGGAUUUUGAAAAAACUGGCUACUUGUGGAAACAAUACAGCUUCAGUAGAUGCACCUUUUCUCCAUGAUGACUCUUUUGAGGAGUGAAUUUCCCUUCCGAGGGGAAGAUUUUUCUCACUUCUUGUUGUCUCACCCCUGUCCUUAACUAUUAAUAAUUUGCAAGUUGGAUGUUUGUAACUUGGGGACUGCCUGUACUUCUGUGGGGGAUUUUUACCCUGGAAGUAGAGCUGGGGUCAUCGGUUUAGAGUAUAGUAUUGAACUAUUGUAGAGCUCAUAUACUUUUUAAUAGUUAUUUUAAUGGUUAUCUGCAAGUGUUGCUGAAAUUCCCUCUUCUACACAUCCAUUACAGCUGCAGGAGCUUUGUCAAGCUUUUGGCGACCCUAUUCUUUUUACAUCCACACAAAUAGCUCUAGGUGGCAGUUUGUAUAAAUCUAAUUGUUACUUCUAAAGGGAAUAGACAUAUUGAAUCAUUGAGAAUUGGUAAGCUAACACUUAUAUAAGAUCCAUUGAUUAAAUUGGCCUAUUCCACUUGGGAUUGAGUGGAUAUAGAUCUAGACCAGUGGUUCUCAACCUGUGGGUCCCCAGAUGUUUUGACCUUCAAGUCCCAGAAAUCCUAAUAGCUGGUAAACUGGCUAGGAUUUCUGGGAGUUGUAGGCCAAAACACCUGGGGAUCCACAGGUUGAGAACCACUGGUCUAGAGUCCUAACCUGUGUACUUUAGCUUUCUAUUAUGCAUUUGCCGAUAUCCCAUAGUAAAGUCUGCAUAAUUUGCUCCUAUAGUUAAAGAGCGUGUGAUAGCUCAUGUGAAGUGAUGGCUCUGAGCAUUAGACUGGCACUCUGGAGACCAGGGUUUGAAUCCAUACUCAGGCAUGGAAACCCACUGGAUUGCCUUGGAGUUUUCACUCUUUCAGCCUUAGAAGAAAGCAAAUCCCUGUGAUAGGUCUUCCUUAGAGUAAUUAUAGGUCAGAAAUGAAUGUGAAGGCAUACAAUAACAAUAAAGAGUAUAUUAGGACUAGUUAAUCUGAGCGGAAGAAGAGGGAAAAAAAGUAAAGUCAUGAGUGGACAAGUAUGGUAUAACAAGUGGGCAAUUAAUGAGAUCUGAGAAAAAAAAGAAGACUAGAAAAAGUUGUGUUGUUAAAUGUAUAUUUUUGAAGUAUACAAAUGGUUUGAUGUGGAUGGUGUUAAAGGAAAUAGAUUCCUUCAUAGCCUUGCAUUGCAUUGCUCUGUUUACCUAAUGUAUUCCCAUUUAAGUGCAAUUACUACUCCUGGGGAUUCACUCUGGCUGCUUGGUGUUGCCAGACUCCAUCUUGACCAGCCUCCAUUUUGGCAUCCAGGGGUCAGCACAGAUAUUUGUUUCUUCCGGCCAUGGUCCUUGAUUCACCUUGGCCCUCUCGAGUGAACGCGACCACCGUGAUCCCAGGUUUGUGUCUCAUUCCUCCCCUGACGGAACAUCUGCUCCAUUAAAAUGAUGUUUUAAUCUGUUUUAUUACAUUUAUAUGUUUUAAUUGUUUUAUAAUUUGAUAUGUUUAUUUAUUAUUUGUUGUAUAAUAUGGCAUUGAAUUUUGCCAUAAUCUGUAAGCCGCUCUGAAUCCCCUUUGGGGUUGAGAAGAGCAGAGUAUAAAUAUAGUAAAUAAAAUAAUAAAUAAAUAAACAAUUGUUCUGCACUGAGUUAAUUACAACACAGUUCUCAUUUCAAAGUUCUUUCAUUUUUGUCAGCUGCCUAACAAACUUCAAGAUCAUUUGCUGCCAUCUAGUGUUUUUCUGACUGUACUACACAUGUAAACUACUGGGUAAUGAUCU